AUGGAUGGUGGCUUACUCAUACACAUUGUCCUCCUGGGAAUGAUGUACCUGGAAGAGAGGAGGCUUGUCCACCGGGACUUGGCAGCCCGUAAUGUCUUGGUGAAAUCACCAAACCAUGUGAAGAUCACUGACUUUGGCUUGGCCAGGCUUUUGGAAGGGGAUGAAAAGGAAUAUAAUGCUGAUGGAGGGAAGGUNNNNAUUAAGUGGAUGGCUCUGGAGUGCAUUCACUACAGAAAAUUUACCCAUCAGAGUGAUGUCUGGAGCUAUGGAGUCACUAUCUGGGAGCUUAUGACCUUUGGUGGGAAGCCGUACGAUGGAAUCCCAACUCGAGAGAUCCCCGACCUCUUGGAGAAGGGAGAGCGACUGCCCCAACCUCCCAUCUGCACUAUUGAUGUUUAUAUGGUGAUGGUGAAGUGCUGGAUGAUUGAUGCUGACAGUCGGCCAAAAUUCAAGGAGCUGGCUGCUGAAUUCUCUAGAAUGGCUCGAGACCCUCAGAGAUACCUUGUAAUUCAGGGAGAUGAUCGUAUGAAGCUCCCAAGCCCAAAUGACAGCAAGUUCUUUCAAAACCUUCUUGAUGAGGAAGACCUAGAAGAUAUGAUGGAUGCUGAAGAGUAUCUUGUUCCUCAAGCCUUCAACAUCCCUCCUCCCAUCUACACCUCCAGGACAAGAAUUGAUUCCAACAGGAGUGAAAUUGGACACAGCCCUCCUCCUGCCUACACCCCUAUGUCAGGAAACCAGUUUGUGUAUAGGGAUGGUGGCUACACUACGGAAGUGCCAAUGCCGUACAGAGCUCCUGGCUGCAUAAUACCAGAAGCCCCAGUUGCUCAAGGGGCCACAGCAGAGAUCUUUGAAGAUACUUGCUGCAACGGCACGCUACGAAAACAAGUGGCAACCCUAGCAAAAGAGGACAGCAGCACCCAGAGGUACAGCGCUGAUCCCACCGUCUUCAUACCUGAGCGGGUCAUCCGGGGAGAGCUGGAUGAAGAUGGGUACAUGACACCGAUGAGAGACAAACCUAAAACAGAUUACUUAAACCCAGUGGAAGAGAACCCAUUUGUUUCCCGACGGAAGAACGGAGAUCUCCAAGCUGUGGACAACCCAGAGUAUCACAACGCUCCGAACGGGCAACCCAAAGCGGAGGAUGAGUACGUGAACGAGCCAUUGUACCUCAACACUUUUGCAAACACCUUGGAAAAUGCUGAGUACCUGAAGAACAAUUUGCCAGAGAAAGCCAAGAAGGCCUUUGACAACCCAGACUACUGGAACCACAGCCUGCCCCCGCGAAGCACCCUCCAGCACCCAGACUACCUGCAAGAGUACAGCACAAAAUACUUUUACAAACAGAAUGGACGGAUCCGGCCCAUUGUGGCAGAGAAUCCUGAAUACCUCUCCGAGUUCUCCCUGAAGCCUGGCACUGUGCUGCCCCCGCCACCCUACAGACACCGAAAUACAGUGGUGUAGCGACUGCGGUCUUACAGAAGUGGAAAGGCAACUCCUUCUAGCUGCCUCACUCUUUCUCUCUCACUCUCCUUUUCUCUCUCUCCCCUCCCAGCCUCUCUCCCUCCCUCCUUCCCUCCCUUUCUUUCUCCCAUGAGCUUCCUCUUCUUGCCAGUUCACUCAUUUUUGAUAUUUCUAAGUGAAAGGAAGUCUUGGAGUUGUUUGCAGAUUGGUUGGGAACCUGGAAGGAAAGAAGGAAGGAAAGAGACUGAAAGAAGGCGUGUACAACCUGGCGUUUCUCACACUCCACAGAUCUGGAGGGUCGGACAGUCAGAGAAGCCAGACGGUGCCAGGGAAGGCGCAUGGCAGUGCUGCCUGCUGUCGGGCAAGUUCUCAGUGAUUCAAAC